GCUGCCGCCAUGGGCUUCCUGGAGGUGCUGGUCGUGGAGAACUUCAAGUCGUGGCGGGGCCGCCAGAUCAUCGGCCCCUUCAAGAGGUUCACCUGCAUCAUCGGCCCCAACGGCUCCGGAAAAUCUAAUGUGAUGGAUGCAAUUAGUUUCGUAAUGGGAGAGAAAACAGCUAAUUUAAGAGUGAAAAAUAUUCAAGAACUUAUUCAUGGAGCACAUAUUGGAAAACCUGUUUCUUCUUCUGCAAGUGUAACAAUUGUGUAUAUGGAGGAAAGCGGAGAAGAGAAAAUAUUUUCAAGGAUUAUCCGAGGGGGACGCUCAGAAUUUCAUUUUGAUGAGAAUCGCGUGAGUCGUUCUGCUUACAUAGCAGAGUUGGAGAAGAUCGGCAUAAUUGUCAAAGCACGAAACUGCCUAGUUUUUCAGGGAACUGUAGAGUCGAUUGCAAUGAAAAAACCCAAAGAAAGAACCCAAUUUUUUGAGGAAAUCAGCGGCUCAGGAGAACUGAUACAAGAGUAUGAGGAAAAGAAGAGAAAGUUACAAAAAGCUGAAGAGGAUGCACAGUUUAAUUAUAAUAAGAAAAAAAACUUAGCUGCAGAGUGCAAACAAGCAAAAUUAGAGAAAGAAGAGGCAGAGCGUUACCAGAGUCUCCUUGAAGAACUGAAAUUCAACAAGAUACAACUACACCUUUUCCAACUAUAUCAUAAUGAGAAGAAAAUUUGUUUUCUGAAAUUUGAUUUAGAGCGUGUGAAUAGGGAUUUGAGUGUCACAAAAGAGUAUCUUUCUCAUCAUGAAAACAUAGUGAAAGCCAUGAAAAAGGAACGUGGAAUGCUAACCAGACAACUACAACAGACAGAAAAAGAAGUAAAAUCUCUUGAAGCACUUUUAAUUCAGAAGAGGCCUCAAUACAUUACAGCCAAAGAAUGUACUUCUCAUCACCUCAAAAAAUUAGAUAUUGCUAUGAAAUCAGUAAAGGACAGUGAGAAACAAUGUUCUGAACAGGAAGAUGACAUAAGAGCCCUGGAGACAGAGCUGGUUGAUUUAGAUGGUGCAUGGAGAAGUCUCGAAAAGCAGAUUGAGGAAGAAAUCAUACAUAAAGUUCGAGACAUAGAACUGGAAGCCUAUCAGAUGGAUCAUUAUAACGAACUUAAGGAACAAGUAAGAAAGAAAGUAGCUAUAAUGACGCAACAACUGGAAAAACUGCAGUGGGAACAGAAGGCGGAGGAAGAAAGACUGGCGUUUGAAAAGAGGAGGCAUGGUGAAGUUCAGGGAAAUCUAAAACAAAUAAAAGAACAAAUAGAAGAUCAUGAAAAACGAAUAGAGAAGUUGGAGGAGUAUACAAAGACAUGCAUGGAUUGCUUGAAAGAGAAGAAAGAGCAAGAGGAAACCUUAGUGGAUGAAAUUGGAAAAACAAAGUCAAGAAUGUCUGAGGUUAAUGAAGAAUUGGAUCGUAUUGGAAGUGAAUUGCAGAAUGCUGGAAUUGAUAACCAUGAGGGAAGACGUCAGCAAAAGAGAGCAGAGAUUCUGGAUCGCCUUAGGAGACUUUACCCAGAUUCUGUGUAUGGAAGACUGGUUGACCUGUGUCAUCCUAUUCAUAAGAAAUACCAGCUGGCUGUUACUAAACUUCUUGGCCAGUACAUCGUUGCCAUUGUUGUAGCCUCUGAAAAGGUAGCGAAAGAUUGUAUUCGAUUUCUGAAGGAGGAAAGAGCUGAACCUGAGACAUUCCUUGCUCUAGAUUACCUGGAGAUCAAGCCAAUCAAUGAAAGAUUAAGGGAGAUUAAAGGCUGUAAAAUGGUGAUUGAUGUCAUAAGGACUCAGUUUCCUCAGAUCAAGAAAGUGAUUCAGUUUGUGUGUGGAAAUGGCCUUGUCUGUGAGACUGUGGAAGAAGCCAGGCAUAUUGCAUUCGAUGGACCUCAAAGACGGAAAACAGUGGCUCUUGAUGGAACAUUAUUUUUAAAAUCUGGGGUGAUCUCUGGAGGGUCAAGUGAUUUAAAACACAAGGCUAAAUGCUGGGAUGAGAAAGAGUUAACGAAUCUAAGAGAAAGAAGAAGCCAGCUAAUCCAAGAGCUGAAGUCUCAGUGUUCUAUGCUGAGCGAAGGAAUCAAAGAACGACAACAAAGAAUUAAAGAAUUUCAAGAAAAGAUUGAUAAGGUAGAAGAUGAUAUUUGUCAACGCUUCUGUGAAGAAAUUGGUGUGGAAAAUAUUCGUAAAUUUGAGAACAAACAUGUUAAACAGCAACAAGAAAUUGAUCAAAAAAGAUUAGAAUUUGAAAAACAAAAAUCUCGGCUUAAUAUUCAACUGGAAUAUAGUCGCAAUCAGCUUAAGGAGAAACUGAAAAACACCAACACAUUAAAAGAAACUAUCCAGAAAGCUAGAGAAGACAUCGAUAACCUAAAGAAGACUGAAGAAAACUGUCUGCAAAUCGUGGCUGAACUCAUGGCAAAGCGGCAGCAACUUACAGACAUACUUGUCACUCAGAAUUCCAACAUUGACAAAGUUGAAACUCAACUUGAAGAGGAACAGAAGAAGUUUUUGGCUGUUGAAAGGGAAAUGGGAAAGUUGCAAAAAGAAGUUGUAAUCAUUCAGACUUCUCUGGAAAAGAAACGAUUAGAGAAACAUAACAUGCUGCUUGAUUGCAGAGUUCAAGACAUUGAAAUAAUUCUUUUGUUGGGGUCAUUGGAUGACAUCAUUGAAGUGGAGUUGGGAAGUGAAGCAGAAAGUAUGCAGGCAACAGGUGAUAUCUAUGAAAAAGAAGAAGCCAUUGAAGUAGACUACAGCUCUCUAAGUGAGGAUUUGAAGGCUCUGCAAACUGAUAAAGAAGUCGGGGCCCACCUUAGAUUCCUACUGCAGCUAAUAGCAUCCCAGGAAGAUGCUCUGUACAAGACAGCAGCCCCAAACCUACGCGCCCAGGAGAACUUAAAGACUGUCACAGACAAGUUGCAAGAAUCCACAGAUGGGUUAAGAUCCCCUUACCGGUCAUCUUUAUUAUUAUUAUUUUUUUUAAUUGAGGAAAACCUAACCAAGAGAAUAUUUCGCGUUUAAACUAUGGCAACCCCAAGUUGAAAUUUACUAGUUGCUUUUCUAAUGUUGCUAAAUAACUAAAAUGCGUUUCAGGCAUUUCUUAGCCCGGAGAACGCUGAAGAACCUUACUUGGAGGGAAUUAGCUAUAACUGCAUAGCACCAGGGAAACGAUUUAUGCCAAUGGACAAUUUGUCGGGGGGAGAAAAGUGUGUGGCAGCUUUGGCUCUCCUGUUUGCUGUGCACAGUUUUCGGCCUGCUCCAUUCUUUGUUUUAGAUGAAGUGGACGCAGUCCUGGACAAUACUAACAUUGGCAAGGUAACAAGUUACAUCAAAGAGCAGACUCAAGAACAGUGUCAGAUGAUCAUCAUUUCCUUAAAAGAAGAGUUCUAUUCCAGAGCUAAUGCGCUAAUAGGCGUCUAUCCAGAG